AAAUUUUACUUACCACUGCUUGAUCCAUUAGAUUGCAAGAAGAAAAAUGUGUUAAAGUGCUUCAAAGGAAAGAAUAGAGGAGAGGGAGCAAGAACAACUCGCGAGACAAGAGGGAAAUGAAAAUGGAAGGAGAAAGACCAAAAUGAAAGUAGAAGGGCAGGUCGGCAGGGCAUAGGCAAAUUUACCGACGAAACCCAUGUUGCUACAGUCUAAAGCUGAUCACCUCUGCAUUGCAUCAGGAUUCUCGUUGACCGGACCCAUCACCGACGAGCAUCAAGUUGGCAAUGUACCAAUUACUGACCUGCAUCUCAUCGGUAUUGAAAUAAAAGCUGCAACGCCACCGGCCAGCAACCGGAUUCGCAAGGAGUUGCUGAAUGCCAAAUUACCGACAAGGCCUAUGUCGGCAUAUUUCAGCAAAAAGCUGCAUUGCCUACCGCAGGCGGCCAGCUGGUUGGCGGGGGGGUGCAUUGGGAGUGGAAAUUACCGAGAAGGCGUACGUUGGAAAUUGAUCCUAAUUACCGACGAGACUGUCGUUUCAAAUUUGAAUUUACAAGCGUUCUCCUCGUCGGUGAUAUGGGUUUCCGUCCUUCUCCCACCAGCCGGAGUACAUGCUGCAAUUACCGACGAGUGGCACGUAUGCAGCGAGUUUAGUGUGAUGAAUGCCGCCGCACAAUGUGAGAAGAAAUUGCAAGGGGGCGGGUGCCAGAAGGAUGAAUGCAACAACGGAUGCAAAAAGGCAUAUGGACCAAAGGCAUAUGGAUACUGUUUCUUCUACCAAAAGCCUGAUGACACUUGUGUCUGCCGCUUCCCUUGCUGAUUUCUUCUUUCUGAGUUUUGUAGCUCAAGGUUAAUUAACCAAUUAACCUCAU